AUGGCUGCUGCGCUGCCAGUCUCUCUUACACCAACAGAAGAGAAGGCCGACUGCUUCCGACUUCUGUCCUUGAUUGUAGACGGCGGAACAUUGGUCUUACGUUAUAGAUUUGAUCAAGCAAUUCCUCCAAAUGACUUACAGAACACACUGAAUGAUGCAAACAGACGUGGUAAACUAAAUAACUUGUUCAAGAGAAAAGUUCUAACACAGUCACAAUGGGACUUACUUUAUCCGGCAACAGGUCAGCCCAGCUCGGCGAAUUUUGAUGUUACUUUACUCACAUGUUUGUUGAGACAUAUAUGUGGUCUUAAUGAGCAGUCAAACGCAUGGAGCUGUAUACCUCCGUCCUUUGACGUAUCAAUAGAGGCGGACAUCACAAGGCUUAGGACGUUUCGAAAUGAGGUGAUCAAACGUCUUGGACAAGGGAUACCAAACUUACAUAAAGACAUUCAAAAUUUAAAAGAUAAUAGUAUAGAUCCAGAGAAAGAACGCGUUUACCAAGAGAUGAUGAAAGAAUGGGAGGAAAUGGAUAAAUCACUGCAAAUAGAAAUUGUAGACCGUUUAAAUCAGCUACAGAAACAAACUGUGGAUAAUACUAAAACGAUUGGAUACCUUGAACAGAAGCAUCAAGAAAGCACUGCAUACAUUCUUGCUCAUGAAACGAAAAUAUCUGUAGUUGAAACGAAGCAGAUAGAUCUCCAAGAGCAGAUUAAGAAGAACACGGAACAAG